UUCCGAGACAAACAAAAUGUAAUCGACGAAAGAGAAGAAGAAUUGUAGGUGGUGAAACCAUUGAUCUCAACUCUUCACAGUCGGUUGCUCCCGAGCAUUCAAAGACUGACGAAGGGAUUGAUUGUAACCACUGUGGCACUGAUGUUGAACAACCUGAAACUGACUUACCAAUGAAUGAUCGAAUGGACAUCAGAAAUAGAGCUGUGUUUCAACAUAGUAGUUCUCAAGAAGGUGGGGUGGUUUUAGAACAGGAUGAUCUAGUGGACAAUGGAAGCAAGGAUGAUGUUCUCAAUGAAGUAGACCAAGCAGAUUCAGCAGACGUGGUAUGGUGAUGUUGGAUGUGAUCAUAAUGUUGAAGAUAACACUUGGCAUAUUGAUGACAACAAGGAAGGCGAGGAUGAUUUGGGGCAAGACAUGGGUGGAGACUCAGUACAAAAUGAAGAAAUGGAUCAGGGGGAUGAUGAGGACUGGCAUGACAAUGGAGUUGACUCUGGAGGAGAUGAUGAAGAUGAUGAUUUUCAGCAUGGUGAUGGGGAGGAAGGAAAUGAACCAGAUGAUAAUUACCAGGGAUUCAGCCUUGAAGAUGGAAAUCUUCCAAUUUAUCCAGAUGCACCCAUCACCAAGUCACAGAGUCUACUGCUGAUAGUGUCCUAUGUCUUGCGGCAUGGUCUUUCUGAUAGUGCUUUGGAUGAUCUUCUUUCUUUGAUGAAUAUACACUGUCCAAACAGUGUUCCUACAUCAAAGUAUUUGCUGUACAAGAGUGUUGAAGAUUCAAUGUACGAGGUUCACUAUUAUUGCAUGGAGUGCACUGCAUAUCUUGGCCCCGAGAAAUUGACAAGGAAUUGUACAAACUGCGGCAAUGAAUUCAGUGCAGACAUCUCAACUGCAGAGGGUAGUUUUUUUCUCAGGAUGCCCGUCAAAACACAGCUGCAAAGAAUGAUGAAAGUAGCAGAAGUGGCAGCUGCCCUUGAAAAUCGAAAUAUUGAUGAAAUCUUGAAACUAACAUAAAUGACAUUGUUCAUGGUAAACUUUAUAAAAACCUUCUUCAUGAUGGCAUAAUAGGUCCCAGUGACUUGUCAUUAUUGUUCAAUACUGAUGGAGUUUCUAUUUUUAAAUCCUCCAAUUUUUCUGUUUGGCCUUUGUUUGCCACAGUAAAUGAAAUUCCACCACAUAUGCGCAGGAAACAUAUGAUUAUGGCAGGCUUGUGAUUUGGAGAAUGUAAACCCAAAAUUAAUACUUUCUUAAAACCAUUUGUGGAUGAACUUAGAGAUUUGGGUGCAGAUGGUUUGCACUCACCUCUUGGCCAAACCAGGAUUUUUGCUCUUUGCCUGUCAGCGGAUGCACCUGCCAGGUCUUUAGUGAGGAAUGCCAAACAGUUCAAUGGGAAGUAUGGAUGCGACUGGUGUAAGCAGGAAGGCACACCAAUAGGAGAUUGUCAAUAGAGUCACAGAGAACAGGGAUGUGUCAGCAAGGUGUGAACGGGCCUUCAGUUGUCAUGCAGUUACCACAUUAUGACUCUGUGAAAGGCAUUUGUUCUGAAUCACAACACACAGCUUUCUUAGGAGUUACUAGACAUUUUGUGGGGACUUGGCUGGAUUCAGCAAACAGAGCAGAGGCAUAUUACAUUGGGGACCAAGUAAAGAAAUUAGAUGAGAGACUGCAGGAUAUAGCACCUCCAAGUGAAAUAACCAGAUGCCCCAGGUCUCUCAAAACGCGGAAGUAUUGGAAGGCAUCUGAAUGGCGAGCUCUCCUGUUCUAUUCUUUGGUGGUAUUUCAGGGAAUUUUACCUGCUGUGUAUAUGAAACACUGGUUCCUAUUUGUAUUUGGUAUUUAUUACCUCAUGAGUGAGAGUGUUUCUGAAAGAAAGGUUCGUGAGAGCAAUGCUUGCCUCAGGAUGUUUGUUCUGAUGACUGAGCGUUUAUAUGGAAUAAGACAUUGCACUUUCAAUGUCCACUCAUUGAUUCAUUUUGCCCAGUCAGUUAUCAACAUUGGCCCUUUAUGGGCAACUUCCACCUUUGUUUUUGAGGGAUACAACAGGACUUUGAUUAGGUGUUUCCACAGUACCCAGAAAGUUGGUUUUCAGAUUUGUGAGACAUUCUCUCUCAUGAAGGUGAUGACAGAGUUAGCAGUUAGUUGCAUGGAGGAGAACACUGAUGUGUCUGUCCUGUAUACCUCAUUGGCCAGCAGACACACUAAAUCAAAAUGUACAAACGUACUUUCAAAUAAUUUGCAUGCUCUUGGCAAAGGAGAGCAAGUUAUUCUGCCUCCAUCAAAGUUACUGGCUGCAAGCAGACUGACAGGGAACCAAGUGCACACUUCCGCCAUUGUAUAUGAGAUUUAUUUUUCACCACCAGCUGUAUGCCAGCAGUGACUAUUUUCAAUCUGCUCGGCAUUGCAACUGCUAUGCUGCAUUUACUCAUGGUGUGUAUAAAUAUGGAAGAAUUGAAACUUUUCUCUGUGUUAAAUUGGGACCAGACUGCAUGAAUGAUAAUGGUUUUUGUUUGUGUGAUAAAGCAAAUAUCAUACUAGUAAAGCCAUUCAGCAUUACACGAAGACCAUUAUUUGUUGAUGCAAGGCUAGGCUGUUCAUCUGACUUUCUUGUAAAUAUUGACCAACAUGCUGAUAACCCAAAUAUUUGUAUUUAUCCAGGAGACAUCCUGCAAAAAUGUAUUUUUAUGAAAACUGAUGUUUCAUCUUACCUGUGCCCACUGCCUUCUCGGUUUUACUGGGAUUAAGUUGUGAAUUGAUGGUUACACAUGAAUGUUUUACAUGUUAGCAGAACUUGGCCCUCUAUAGAAUGCUAUAGGGCAGCCUAUAGAAUUCUCUCAAAGUCACCGUCAAGUCACUCUAAAGUCAUGAAUCGGCCACCAAUUGUUUGCAAGCUCACUUGAGAUUUGACUUGAGACUUGCCGAUUCAUGACUUGAGAAUGAUUUGACAGUAACUUAGUCCCACCUCUGGCAUAGGAUAUAGACGGUCCUACAGGAUUGUAUACACUGGCGUAUGGGUUGAACUGAUAUAACAUAUGCAUGUGUAGUUUCAGUUACAGAUGUUAUAGUAACCAUUUGAAGCAAACUGUCUGCAUUAAUGCUGACCUGUUUGGAUGUUUACAUCUAUACUUGUGU